AUCUCUCCCCUGUCAGCACCAACAUGCUGCUUUGCACUGCUCUUCAAUCAUCUAACCAUGUACAAGAAAAGUCACUUAUCUAUCUAACAGGGGCGGACUGACAACUCAUGGGGCCCCCGGGCAAUAGGGGAUCAUGGGGCUCCUGCGUUCUUGCCCAAACUCAAAAAGCCUAUGAAAAAGGUACCGGGGGCAUCUCAUGGGGCCCCCUACUGACCCCGGGCCCUCGGGCAGUGCCCGAGUUUCCAAAUGGUCAGUCGCCCCUG